UUAAUCUUCUCAAUGUUUUUGAUCUCCAUUUCUUACCAAAACCACACCUCCUAAAGCAUAUCUCUUCUCUCGUAUGCACUCUCACUUCUAAAGAGUUAAAACCAAAAUGGCAAUAGGGGGAAAGUCUCGCAGCAACAAGCGUUCAUCGUCGGUUUCAUAUGCAUCGACUAUAACCACCGUAGUCUUUGUAACCUUAUGCGUUUUUGGGGUAUGGAUGCUCACUUCCAACUCCGUUGCACCCCCACAAACAACCACCACGCGCACCGCCGCUGACAACAACGCCGACAGUACGUUUCCUUCUUCAAAUGAAGAACAAAUCACCAAAAACAAUGAUGAUAAAGACAAAGCUGUCUUUGAAGAUAAUCCUGGGCAACUCCCUGACGAUGCCAUCAAACCUGAUGAGGGUAAGUCCGAGGAGGAUAAAGGAAGCGAGUCUGAGGAUAAAGGGACAGAAGGUGGAGCAGCUGAGGAGGAUCCAAAUGGUUUACAGGGCAAAGAAUCAACUGAAGAGCAGGAGAAGCAGAGUGAAACUCAGAUAUCAGAGGAAAGCGUAUUGACUCAAAACCAACAAUCUGAGGAAAACAGCCAGAAGGAGUUAGAAGACAAUAGGGAAACGGGAAAUGAGGAAACCAACAGGAAUCCGGAGGCAAACAACAAUCCGGAUUCAGAAGAAGAUCAAAGUCAAAGUGCGGAACAGAAACAAGGAAAUGAGAAAUCGAAAGAGUGGCAAAAUAAUCAAGAGUCGGAAGAUGAACAGCAAGGUGAAGACAAGCAAAAGAUACAAGAGGUUGAAAGCCAUGAAGACACGCAAGAAACAACAAACGAGAAAUCGAAGGAAGAUGAUCAAGAGAAACCAAAGAAUGACACGACGGAGUUAGAAGAAGAACAAAAGGGAAACAAACAGCAAAGUCCAGAGCAACAAGAGUUACAAACGCAAGAGAUUGCACAAACCACUUUUAGCGACGAAACCAAGGACAAACAAAAAGAAAUCCUAAACGAGACUCAAACCGAUGCGUUCAAUAUACUGAAGCCCGCGACCAACAAGGAGACAACAGAGAAAGAAACCCAAAGUGAAGCUCAGAAUCAGGAAACUCAACAACAGGACGCCCCAAAGGAAGAGAUUUCGAAUGACUCAAACUCGGGUGAGUCGUUAGGAAGUUCCAUUCCAAAAGAGUCGUCCGAGUCGAAGAAGUCCUGGAAGACGCAGAAGACUCAAUCAGAAAACGAGAAAGAGAGACGGAAGGACGAAUCAACCGGUAAAGAGAGCAUCUAUGGUUACACAUGGCAGUUAUGUAACGUCACUGCCGGUACUGAUUACAUUCCAUGUUUGGACAACGAGAAAGCAUUGAAGAAAUUACAUAGUACUAAGCACUUUGAACAUCGGGAGAGGCAUUGCCCUGAGGAGGCACCCACGUGUUUGGUCCCACUUCCGGAGGGAUACAAAAGGUCCAUCCCCUGGCCCCAAAGCCGAGAUAAGAUAUGGUACCAUAAUGUACCGCACACGAAGUUGGCUCAGGUAAAAGGGCAUCAGAACUGGGUUAAAGUGAGCGGUGAGUUCUUGACUUUCCCUGGCGGAGGGACCCAAUUCAUACAUGGUGCCCGCCACUACAUUGACUUCGUCGAGCAGUCAGUGUCGGACAUUAAAUGGGGUAAGCACACCAGGGUGAUCUUGGAUGUUGGAUGUGGUGUCGCCAGCUUUGGAGGUUUUCUUUUCGAUAGAGAUGUUCUGGCAAUGUCUUUCGCGCCUAAAGAUGAGCAUGAAGCUCAAGUUCAAUUCGCCCUUGAAAGAGGAAUUCCCGCAAUAUCCGCUGUGAUGGGUUCUCAGCGGCUACCAUUUCCUUCCAGGGUCUUCGAUAUAGUGCACUGUGCACGUUGUAGAGUGCCUUGGCAUGCAGAAGGUGGUCUGCUUCUGCUAGAACUGAACCGUGUUCUAAGACCUGGAGGAUACUUUGUCUGGUCAGCUACCCCUGUCUACCAGAAUCUUGAAGAGGAUGUGGAAAUAUGGAAGGCCAUGACGGCCCUGACAGAAUCCAUGUGUUGGGAGCUUGUGACCAUCAAGAAGGAUCAAUUGAAUUCCAUUGGUGCUGCCGUCUACCGCAAACCUACCUCAAAUGAAUGCUAUGACAAAAGGAAGGAGAAUAGUCCUCCAAUGUGUGAAAAUAGUGAUGAUGCAAAUGCUGUCUGGCACGUACCCCUGCAGGCAUGCAUGCACCGCGUGCCAGUAAAUCAGGCUGAACGAGGGGCACAAUGGCCGGCAGAUUGGCCUGCUCGGCUACAAAACAUUCCCUACUGGUUGAACAGCUCCCAGAUGGGGAUUUACGGGAAACCAGCUCCCCAAGAUUUUGCUAGAGAUUAUGAACAUUGGUCACGAGUAGUGAGCAAGUUGUAUAUGAGCGGAUUGGGAAUCAGUUGGUCUAAUGUUAGAAAUGUGAUGGACAUGAGAGCUGUUUAUGGAGGGUUUGCAGCAGCCCUGAAGGACAUUCAAGUGUGGGUGCUGAACGUGGUGAACUUUGAUUCUCCGGACACACUACCAAUAAUCUACGAACGAGGUCUUUUCGGAAUAUACCAUGACUGGUGCGAGUCCUUCAGCACCUACCCUCGAUCAUAUGAUCUCCUGCACGCUGAUCAUCUGUUCUCCAAGCUGAAAAAGAGGUGCAAACUUGAACCGGUGAUGGCAGAGGUUGAUCGAAUUGUCAGACCAGGAGGAAAACUGAUUGUUCGUGAUGAAUCAAGUGCUAUCGGGGAAGUGGAGAACUUGUUGAAGUCUCUGCAUUGGGAGGUUCAUCUGACUUUCUCCAAAGAUGAUGAAGGAAUACUCAGCGCUCAGAAAGGUGAUUGGCGACCAACAACAUAUCAAGGUUCCUCCUAGAAAGAAAACCUUUCUGCUAUUGUUGUUUCAAGGGAUGUAAAACAUUGAAGCAUACAUAUCAUAGCGAAAUGCUGUAACUUGAAACUUGGUUUUUUAUUUUUUGUCCCCUUAAAUUAAGGGUAAUUCUUUUUUAAGAGAUUUAUUUUGUGACAAUUGAUACUUUU